AUGUCGAAACGCGCCGCGCCCGCAGACGCCACAUCCCCGGCUGGAAAGGCCUCAAGGACGGGCGCUGCUCGCCCGAGCGCCGUCGAGACGUCCGAGAUGGGCGAGUUCGAGGACGCGUUCGAGGACGAGCUCGAGGACGACGAGGAAGUCGUCGACGGCGGAGAGGACGGCAUGGCCGUUGACGAUGAGGUGACCCCUGCCAUCGAAGAGCUCGACGAGCGACCUGGCGCUCCUACCACAUUUAUCCCUGGCGUCCAUGCACUCGGCAAAGAUGAAAUUCUUGAGCCGGACGACAGUGUGUACAUCAUGCGCCACACUCUGAACGUGACUUGGCCCUGUCUAUCCUUUGAUGUGCUUCGGGACAACUUGGGCGAUGGACGGCAGCGCUUCCCCGCGACGGCCUACAUCGUCUCCGGCACGCAAGCCGAUUCGGCCAACAGCAACGAACUCGCCGUGUACAAAAUGUCCUCGCUCCAUAAAACCCAGCGCACUGCUGAUUCUGACGACUCCGACGAAGAAGACGAGGACGACGAGCGCUUGGACGAGGAUCCUGUCCUCGAGUACCGCGCGAUUCCUCAUCAAGGUGGCGUGAAUCGCGUACGGGCGCGUCCGUUACCCGCUGGAGCGCCCCUUCCUCCAGUUGAUACACCCUAUCACGUCGCUAGCUGGGCCGAUACGGGCAAAGUUCAUGUUUGGGAUGUGCGCCCUCUGAUCGAAGCCCUCGAAACACCCGGUUAUAGCUACGAUAAAUCCAAGGUUCAGACUCCGGCGUUCACCGUCUCGGCUCACGGGCGAGCGGAGGGCUUUGCCAUGGACUGGGCGUCUUCGGGCGGCGCAGCACCGACUGGUCUCCGCCUUCUUACCGGCGACAUCGCGUCCAAAAUCUUUCUCUCUACCUCGACCGCUAGCGGCUUCACCACUCUCGGGAGCGCUUUUACGUCGCACACGUCUAGCGUGGAGGACCUACAGUGGAGUCCGAGUGAGCCGACCGUCUUCGGCAGCUGUUCAGCAGACCGGAGCGUACGGGUCUGGGACGUUCGGUCGAAGGGCCGUCAGAGCUUCGCCGGAAUCGAGGGUGCCCAUGAGAGCGAUGUGAAUGUCAUCAGCUGGAACAAGAGCACCGCGUAUCUCAUGCUCUCCGGCGGCGACGAGGGAGGAAUCAAAGUUUGGGAUCUGCGCAACGUUAAGAAGCGGGGUGCGAACGGUCCGGACCCCACGCCUGUGGCAUCUUUCACCUGGCACCGCGCACCUAUCACCUCCGUUGAAUGGCACCCGACCGAGGACUCGCUCUUUGCCGCAUCUGGCGCAGACGAUCAGGUUACCUUGUGGGACCUUGCGGUCGAACAAGACGACGAAGAGAGCGGUGCGAUGCAGGAAGACGGCGACACCGCCGUCCCGCCGCAACUCCUGUUUGUGCACCAAGGCCAGAAGGACGUCAAAGAGGUCCAUUGGCACCCACAGAUGCCCGGUACCGUCAUCUCGACGGCACUCGAUGGCUUCAACAUCUUCAAAACUAUCUCCGCAUAG